AGUAUACGAUCAACAGCAGCUUUAUCUUUGGAAACUUUUACUAGCGAACGUAAACUAAUUGAAAAACACUAAGAAUUGUAUGUUAACUUUUAGGGCUACUUGCGGUGUUGUAAAAGGUUUUAAUUUUACAGCUGUUGCAGCUCAAAAACUUUAAACGACAGGUCAUGAAUCAUGUGCUUUGUUUGUUUACACGGUGAAACAGCUGACAAGCUAACGUUAGCCAACUGGCUGGCGUGCUAAAAUCGAGUCAUAUGAGCAGAUAAUGACCCUACAGUUAUAUCCUCCUGAAUGAGAUUUUGACAGUAGGACAGAAGGGAACUUUGAUGUGCAUUAGUAAGAUCGUUUUAGGUCGAAGUGGGCGAUUUUAAGUGGAACUAUGCGAAGCUAACGUUAAGUGUGUCGAGCGCUAGCCAGUGUUAGACGAGUUAAAUUGUUUUGUCACUGUACCUGCGGCCAGUUUUAAAGGCCUUAAGGCGUCUUCAUGACAAGAUGCCUUGCUCCUGUGGGAACUGGAGAAGAUGGAUUCGGCCGUUGGUCGUUUUACUGUAUAUUUUACUGUUAUUGGUCGUUCUUCCCUUGUGCAUCUGGGAGCUGCAGAAAUCAGAGGUGGGCACCCAUAACAAAGCAUGGUUUAUUGCUGGAAUAUUUGUCUUCAUGACCAUACCCAUUUCAUUGUGGGGUAUCCUUCAACAUCUGGUGCACUACACUCAGCCAGAGCUUCAGAAACCAAUCAUCAGGAUAUUAUGGAUGGUGCCCAUCUACAGCCUGGAUAGUUGGAUUGCUUUGAAAUAUCCCGGCAUAGCAAUUUAUGUGGACACUUGCAGAGAGUGCUAUGAAGCCUAUGUCAUCUACAACUUCAUGACCUUUUUGCUUAACUACCUGGAGAAUCAGUACCCCAGCCUGGUGAUGAUGCUAGAGGUCCAGGAACAGCAGAAACACCUGCCCCCUCUCUGCUGCUGCCCGCCCUGGCCAAUGGGAGAGGUGUUACUGUUGAGAUGUAAGCUGGGAGUGUUGCAGUACACAGUCGUCAGACCUGUCACAACAGUGAUCGCCUUGAUCUGUCAGCUGUGUGGAGUGUACGACGAAGGCAACUUUAGUUCAACAAAUGCAUGGACGUACCUGGUGAUCUUCAACAAUAUGUCACAGCUGUUUGCCAUGUACUGCCUGGUGCUGUUCUACAGGGCUCUGAGGGAAGAACUGAGUCCAAUCAAACCAGUCGGCAAAUUCCUGUGUGUCAAAAUGGUGGUGUUUGUCUCUUUUUGGCAAGCUGUGCUCAUUGCUUUACUGGUUAAAGUAGGCAUUAUAUCAGAGAAACGUACAUGGGACUGGCAGAGUGUGGAAGCUGUAGCCACUGGUUUACAGGAUUUCAUCAUCUGUGUGGAGAUGUUUCUGGCGGCCAUUGCACAUCACUUCAGCUUCACCUACAAGCCUUACAUCCAGGAGGCUGAGGAGGGCUCCUGCUUCGACUCUUUCAUGGCCAUGUGGGACAUAUCUGAUGUCAGAGCGGAUAUUUCUGAACAAGUUCGCAACGUUGGGAGAACAGUUAUGGGGCGUCCGAGGAAGUCCUACUUCGGCGAGGCAGAGAAUGACGGCGAACGAUCCGGGCUUUUGUCCUCAGCCUCUCAGGACGCCAUCACAGAGGCAACGACCGGAACAGGGUCUCCCAGGGGUCAGUACCAGGGCCUAGGUCGAACCCCGGCGCCCCACUCUCUAUCGGCCCCUGCUGGACUCAGUUCUGCACCGUGGGACGAAGGAUAUGAGGCGACACCUGGAGAAGCUGAAGAAGAGGAAAGGACCGAGCAAACCAAAGAACCAGCAGAGGGAGAUCUUAUUGUAAUCACUUAGUCUGACGCCAAGGCUGAGACCAGAGACACGGUUGGGCUGGACCCAAUUACAGCCUUGCCCUUUUCCUGCAGACAUACUUUACUAAUACAACAUGAAACAAAACUGACAUGUAGACGUUUGCCAACAAAUGCAAAACCAGAAGGACCUCUCUGCCAGUGACGACUCCAAGAAUGUUAUGGCACCAAGUGGUUAUGAAUCUGAUGUUAUGCUGUUUUUUUGAGUUCUAGGGACUUCUAUAGCUCAUAAGACUUACACCAGAAUGGUAAUUGUUCUUUUUUGGCAAAGAGCACAUUUUUAAUCUUUGAGACGUUGCGUUUCUCAAGGUAAAAGGCUGCAAAACAUUUCCUGAAUCCGAGCAAAGCAUGCACAUUUAUCCUGCGUGUGUGUGUAGGAAAUUGAACACACUUUAUAUGUGCCGGCUCAAUCGUAUCAGGACUUGUGGCAGUUUAAUGAAAAGAGAAAUAUGCAACUUUAAAGCUCAAAUUUUUGUUUCCUCACAUUAUGAGAAAAAAGGAAUAAUCAGUGAUCUUUAUCUUUUACUAAAGCACAUUAGAUAAAUAGGAUAAUCGUGUUUUGUCCUAAUAAAAGAUGAAGGGAAGCACCGAACUUUAAGGAUGUAUAGUUGAAACUAAAGAGGUUGAUUUGUGUACUUCUAUACUAUGCCAGAUGAAAAAUCUUAAACAGAUUUGUGUCAUUACUGAAAAAACAUAUCAUGUAUCUCAAUGAAUACUACAAAGUAUUACAGCUACUAACACUCAGUCAACUGUACAAUCUGCAUUUUCGUUAACUCACACUUUCAUCAAUUAACUGCAUACGACUCACUCUGUGGUAGAAAUAUAGACUAGCUUUCUCAGAUGCCUUGUUCUAUAUGCUGUGGACCUGAUCUCCCCAUCAGAUCAACAUUCAUAUUCCACAAUUCUUUUUUUUUGAUGAGAAGUUCUCUCUUUUUUUUUUUUAGCUGAAUUCAUUUUGCAGCAACAGCACGAAAGCCAUUUAUCUUCGUUUGCUCAUUUGUCUUUGUGACUUCCAUGGGUUCGUACAGGGAUAUAUCCGUUUAGUGCGUCUGUAUAAUACAUAACUGUAUCAUACUCCAGUGUAAUCUGCAUCAUGUCCAGCUACAGCAUGUUGCAUUGCCUUACAUGAUUUUAUUUUUUUAAAUAAGACUGACAUCAAGAGCAGCUGUAUGUUCACAUGAGGAUUUAUUGUCUUACAGUUUCUUCAAUAAAUCAGAUAAGCUA